GCCGCUGCAGGCAGCUCACCUGGGACGCGCUCACCUGGGACGCGGUGCUCGCCGCCGCCGCCCGCACUUGGGCCAGGAUGAAGGACCGGCUGGAGCAGCUGAAGGCCAAGCAGCUGACCCAGGAAGAUGACACUGACGAGGUUGAGAUUGCUAUCGACAAUACAGCCUUCAUGGAUGAGUUCUUUUCUGAGAUUGAGGAAACCCGGCUCAACAUUGACAAGAUCUCAGAGAGUGUGGAGGAAGCAAAGAAGCUCUACAGUGUCAUUCUCUCUGCACCGAUUCCAGAGCCAAAAACCAAAGACGACCUUGAACAGCUCACGACUGAGAUCAAGAAAAGGGCCAACAACGUCCGGAACAAGCUGAAGAGUAUGGAGAAGCAUAUUGAAGAAGAUGAGGUCCGGUCAUCAGCAGACCUUAGGAUCCGAAAGUCCCAGCAUUCCGUCCUCUCCCGGAAGUUUGUGGAGGUGAUGACAAAGUACAACGAGGCUCAGGUGGACUUCCGGGAACGCAGCAAAGGGCGCAUCCAGCGGCAGCUUGAAAUUACUGGCAAGAAGACAACAGAUGAGGAGCUGGAAGAGAUGUUGGAGAGUGGUAACCCUACCAUCUUCACUUCUGGAAUCAUCGACUCGCAGAUUUCUAAGCAAGCCCUCAGUGAGAUUGAGGGUCGGCACAAGGAUAUCGUGAGGCUGGAGAGCAGCAUCAAGGAGCUCCAUGACAUGUUUAUGGACAUCGCCAUGCUGGUGGAGAAUCAGGGUGAGAUGUUAGAUAACAUAGAGUUGAAUGUCAUGCACACCGUGGACCAUGUGGAGAAGGCACGGGAUGAAACUAAAAAAGCCAUGAAGUAUCAGGGUCAAGCUCGGAAGAAAUUGAUAAUUAUCAUUGUGGUAGUAGUUGUGUUGCUGGGCAUUUUAGCGUUGAUUAUUGGACUGUCCGUUGGGCUGAAGUAAGAGUGGCCUAAGGGGCUGCUGCACUGAAAUAACCCGAUUUCACUCCAGCUUGGCCUGACCACUCUUGUCUCCAGAUGCGAACGGAGUUCUAAUGGCCUUCCUGAGAACGAGGGGCACCUGUUCCUUUAUUUCCUUGUAGCCACCCUCAGACCCGGCUCACCAAUCUGCCCCUGGAAGACUCUAGCCUACCUGGUGCAGCCCUGAGUUCUCCUCAAAACCACCUCCCACCCUAGCAGCCGAUGUACCCUCCCUCCUGGACUGUGUGAAGCAACCCAGCUUUCCCUUCCUUCUGGUGUGUCUCUUACACCUUGCGCCUUGUAAAGUCCCUGUGAGACCAGCCUGAGGCGCUGCAUUUCUACCUCAUGGAAUAUUCUCCUGGAAUAUACUUUGCAG